CAUGCGCGUCGAGUUAGCGAGUGAGGAGGAUCCGCGUCGCUAGUGAAAUUCCGUGUUUGAUAGACGAUGCGAUCGCGCCUUUUCUUUUGAUUUUCGCUCUUCCGUAUACGGAAAUCGGCCCAAGGAAUGACUGGACUAAAUUUUUGUAAGAAAAAAUCCUUGAGGAAAUGGGCUUGGGAAAACGGUCGGACAGCGUUUGUUAGUGUUCUUUUGUGAAAUUUUGCACAUUUUUUGAAAUGUGAAGUGGUCCCUUGAUCUGGUUACAAGUUUUCCAGAUGAGUUUUCCCGCGCAUUAUUUGUUAGAUGUAUCUUGGCUCGAACCUUAGUACCCGUCGUAUAUAAAAUACGUUAGUGACCAUAUUGCAUAACUGAUGAUUACAGAAAUGCGGACACCUCAUCUCUCCGAUACAUUCCGUAAAUGUUGCAUGUACUAGGUGGUCUCGAUGUUGUGGGUGUGACCGCUGUAAGAUUAAUUAAUCAUUUCCCAAUAAUCCAUACAAUAGUAACGAUUUUAGUAGAUCCAAGUGCGAGACUGCGUACAGAUUUCGGUAUCUAAUGAAUGGAGAAAGUUGUGAUUGUUUUCGAUAAUGAAAUGUAUUGUUUAGAAAAAAGCAUUGUUUGAUGUGCGAUGAAAUACAAUAUUUGUUUGGGGUUGUUUUGAAGAGAUUACUCAAUCGUAUUGUGCUUGAAUGAAGUGUUUGCUCCGAUACUGAUUUCUCACGGAAUGGAUUAAUAAAUCAUUAUUGAAUGAGAUCAGUUUCAAUACUUCGCCAUCAAGAUGCUUUUCAAAAGGAGCUUACCCUAUAGACACUACAUAUUUAAAGUUAACUCCAUGUUACAAUUAAGUCACCAAGACAGAUAGUAUUUAAGGGAAACUGUUGCAACUGCUCAGAUCUGAUUUAUGUUCAUUAAUCCCAAAGUAACUCAAAGUAGUCGUCAUGUAUAGUGAAAAGAGUUUAGAUAAGCAAGCGGUUCCGUCGCAACCGCCACCACCAUUACACCAUCAUCUUCAUCACCACCACCAUCAUCAUCACCACCCUUCAAAUCAUCACUCCAAUCAUCAACAACAUGCACAUUCAAGCCCUCAUCAGAUUCAACUGCAACAUCAACAACAGCAACAACCGCAACAGCAACAACCAGCGCAGCAGCAGCAACAAGGAUCACAAGCGGCAAUGUUUACAAGAUUCGAUACAAACAAAUCAACAAAAGGAGCAUCAAAGUUACGAAGGGAUCUAAUCAAUGCCGAAAUCGCAAAUCUACGUGAUUUGUUGCCGCUACCACAAUCGACGCGACAAAGAUUGUCCCAACUACAGUUAAUGGCACUUGUUUGCGUUUAUGUUCGGAAGGCGAAUUACUUCCAACAAGUGCUGAAACGACAUGACAUCGCCCUGCAUCAGGCGCCAACACCAAAUAUAGGAUUUUCUAAGGCAUUAUCGGGCUUCCUAAUGAUGCUCACGCAGAACGGCAAACUACUGUACAUAUCGGAUAAUGCUGCCGAAUAUCUUGGCCAUUCAAUGGAAGAUCUUCUGAUUCAUGGAGAUUCUGUUUACGAUAUAAUUGACAAACAGGAUCACGGUCCAAUACAGGCUGAAUUGAACAGAAAUGUACCACCGCAACCAGGACCUCAUAGUCAACAUAAUUCCUCGAUAUCUUCGUUGGAAGGCGAACAUAGGAUAUUUCUUUGUCGGAUGAACGUUAGUCGAAAUGCGAGGCGCCAAAUGAGAUUUGGAGAUCAAAAGGUGGUUCUAGUUCAAGGGCAUUAUUUAUCAUUUUUACCAUUGUGCAGUCGAAACGAGCCAGUGUUUCUGGCCACGUGCACGCCCAUUGCUAUGCCGGAGACUAGGGAGUGUGUAGUUCAAGGUGCCACCAAUGUCUUCACAACUAUUCAUUCUAUGGAUAUGAAAAUUGUUCAUAUUGACAAAAACGGAGAAUUUCACUUAGGUUAUACAAAAAAUGAAAUCCAGGGAAUAUCGUGGUAUCACCUGCUUCACUGGGACAGUUUAAGGGAAGCACAAAACAAACAUAGACUAAUUACACAAUCGGAACAGGACCGUUCAUGCAUAUUAUUAGUGAGAAUGCAACGCAGACAGGGAGAUUUUAUUUGGGUCCACGUCGUACUGCAAGUUCGCGACGGACAAGAUUCAAACCAACAGCCUGUGAUAGUGUGUACAAAUCAAGUGUUGAAUGAACGCGAAGCAUCUGUUAUGGUGGCAAACUCAUGGCUCUAUCACUACUACUCCGUGCAGUCCAAAAUACAAUUUGGGCUACCAUUUGAGGGUCCAACACGAAUACCACCAUCUCCUGCGUACUAUCACCACCAUCAUCAUCACUCCGGAACACUUCAACCAGGCAUACCACACGGAUAUCCACCGCAUCCGCCUCAUCACGUACCAUAUGGAUACCACUCACCAGUUGGGUUGGCUCCACCACCUACUUCUCAUCAUCACUCCUCACCUUCUCAUAUAAUGGGACAUCACAACGGCAAUGGUAGUAAUGGCAUGGUAGGACCCUAUGCUUAUCGGAUAGAAGCGCAACCAGUAGACUACAGUCAAACUACAUCUCCUCAAAUCGAGGUUCGAUGCAGCAGCACCAAUAGUUCUAACUCAAGCUCACAUCGACUAGGAUCCCCACCACCGAAACGUCGACAAACUAGCAAGCUAGAACCCCUUUAUAUAACGGAGAGCAGUCACCAAUCCCCCGAAAGUAUUACCGAACUAGACUCUCAAUAUGUUUCUCAUGGCGAACAUGGCUUAGUAACUUUUGGGACACUUCUUCCAGCCAGACCCCGCAUACUAACCAAAGCUCCCCCACCAGAUCCUCCGGAUUUCAUCGAACAAUGGAAUCCUAGCCCACCCUGGUCAGAGGGCGCACAGAAAGUUCCAGAUAUUGCUCAGCAGGAAUUGAGCCCAUACAUCACAACCACACCACCUACUCCUACUAGUGCCCCGCCUAUUCAAACCCUGGGACCAGCUUUUUCCUUUGACUGGAUGUCAGAGCAGUUUGUGCCAAUUAUGGAGUGUGGGCCCUGCAUGCCAUGUAUUACGCAAGAUGGGAUAUCUGUUCCAGUUCCCGUUCAAGUAUCUAUACCACAUUGGCCCCAUGACCAUCGGAUUGUAACAAUGCAAUCGGAUAGUAGCACCUCUCAAACGGAGCCCGUCUUGACAAGUUCUGUAGAACCAAAAAGUUGUGAAGAAAAUCAGGAAAAUGGCGAGUAAAAAAAUUCUUAAAGUUUAAAUUUUGUUGAUAAAAGUCGCAUAUGUACAGCAACUUGCUAUUUAUCGAAAUAAAUAAGAAAAAAUCCCACAUCAAACGUUUUAUCUGAAUUUUUUGGUGUUCUAAGUAAAAAGGAAAAAUAUACCUUCAGUUCUUCCUAUUUUCAUCACAAAACUGCAAAGAUUUUUUUUCUAUAAUAAUAAAAUACACACAUAGAAUCAUAGAUAAAUCUGGUAACUAUGACAAUGGCUGGUUAGUGCAAUUUUUACUGGAGAUAACAAACAAACAAAUCGUAAAUAUUGAGGCUUAGGAAAGUGCUUUUAACGUGCAGGUUAGCUGCGAUUUAUUUUUAUAACAUUAAAUUAUUGAAGUUAACAUUAACCGCUGAAAACCGACGGAACUUUAAGACCUAUCUGAAAUACGAAUUCUGAUGCAUGUAGUUAUUUUUAAGGUCGAAUAUUCAAUUUUAGUAAGUUUUUAUCUUUAUAAUAAGCACAACAGUGAAUGCUAAUUUGAAUAGCUACUCCAGUGAUAAGCAAUAAAUAUUAUUUUUUAGAUUUUAGCCAGAGAAAAUAUAAAUAUUUCUUAUCUUUUGAACAUAAAUCGUAACUACUGUUCUAAAAUGCGUAAAUUAUGAUAAUAAAAUUAUUUCCUGUGUAUAUUUUAUCUUAGUUAUUUUUAUUUUAAAAUGAAGCUUCCAUAAAAAUCGAAAUAAAAGUGUGUUAGUUUAUGGACAGUCCGUGAUCCACAUGUCAUAAGCAAGUCUAGGUCUAGAUAAGAAUUAUGUUUACGAAGUAAUAAAUAUUUUAAAUUAAUAUUAUUUGUAUCUAUUUUGUAAAUAGAUGUUUUCCACCAUUUUUUAUUGAAAGGUAGUUUUAUGACGAACAAUGUGAAAUUUAAAUUAUAAUAAAAUUAUUAGUUCUGAAUUU